AUGGGGGUGUCCAACUUACCCUUGGAACGAUACACUGGGGUAGACUAUGCUGGCCCCAUCAAUAUUCGCACCUCCAAAGGACGAGGUCACCAUUCCCACAAAGCCUGGAUUUGUAUUUUCGUCUGUUGUGCCUCCCGCUCAGUUCAUCUCGAGUUAGUUUCUGAUUACACAGCAGAAGCUUUCAUAGCUGCUUAUAUUCGCUUCACUUCUCGUCGUGAUCUUUGUCGAACGUUGUCUAGUGACGAGGGUACGAAUUUUGUGGGAGCAGAUCGUGAACUACAGGAAAUGUUUUUUGAGGCAUCAGUAGAGUUCGCUUCGAUCGCUACAUACCUUGCUUCGCAUGGUACCCAGCGGAAAUUCAACCCUCCUGAAGCACCUCACUUUGGAGGUUUAUGGGAAGCUGCAGUUAAGUCGACAAAAUUCCAUCUUCGUCGAGUCAUUGGAGACUCUACAUUGACGUUUGAAGAAAUGACCACUCUUUUAACACAAAUUGAGGCUUGCCUUAAUUCUCGGCCUCUCAGAGCUCAGUCAGAUAAUCCAACAGACAUUUCUUCCCUCACAUCAGGACACUUUCUCAUUGGAGGUCCACUGAAUGCAGUUCCUGAACCAUCGCUUGCAGACGUUCUUCCAAAUCGAUUAACAGGCUGGCAGUUGAUCCAGCAAAUACGUGAUCAUUUUUGGAAGCGCUGGUCAUCAUCGCCAUCCAUACAGAUUGGAGAUUUAGUUCUCAUUCGACAUGAGAACCUUCCACCUACUCAAUGGCCUAUGGGUCGGGUUCUACAGCUUCAUCCUGGCAAGGGUGGCCUAGGUCGGGUUGUCACUCUCAAGACAAAGACUAGCACACUCGAUCGGCCAAUCGUUGAAUUGUCCCUUCUCCCACGUUCAUCUUAA